AGUCUGUCCUAUCACGCUCACCAUUUUACACGACUCACGGCUAUUGGAAGCAGAAAAAACAAUCCCGACAGUGAAUUGUGGCCUCAAUAGCAUUAUUUCUUCGUUUUCAAUUGAGGAAUAUUAAGUGGAAAGCAGAGCCAAGGGCGUGCCCGUGACGUGGUCUGCCGUUCUCUUUCUCGUGUUGUACCAGUCGUCUACAAUUCGACCUUGUAAACAAGAAAAACAGUCGAAAAUCGAGUGAAACUUUAAGCAACGCACGUUAAAGAUCGUCACUGCAACUUUCCACGGAUUAACAGAUAAUCUGGUAAUCUCAAAUCGAUUCUGAUUGGCAAGUCAACGUUGUCCAGCAUCAAAUUACGUGUUUUCCCGUUCGGCAAACUUCUGAUUUCACCGCUCUUACGUCCAACUCAACUGAAAAUGGACUCGCCAUCAUCUUCAAUUCUUGCUGGAAAUGUACACGACAUUCAGUUGGAUCACAAAAAUGUUAUGUACUAUGCAUUUGAAAGGUGUGAUGCCUCGUUAGCUCAGCUGUUCUUGAAGUCCGAUGACCCAAAAAAAUACAACGGACCGAUUCCACAUCAUAUUGAUGCUUUGCUUCAAUUAGCUUCUGGUCUCGAACAAAUUCAUUCCAAGAAUUUAGUUCCCGGAGACAUCCAACCAGAAAAUGUCCUGAUCUCGGUAGGAUCUGCUGGCAAAGAUGAGACAACUCUCAGAUGGGCAAACGUUGGACAAACCAGAAACGUCAGUGUACAAGGAAAAGGGAAAACACAUCAACUCGGGGUAAAUAAUGCGUGGUUAGCUCCUGAGUUGCUGUUGCUUAAACUAAACAGCAACGUAAAAGAAAACAAUUACAAAGAGACAGCCAAGAGCGACAUCUUUUCACUAGGACUCGUUUUUGGAAGUCUGUUCUUGAACGGUGAACAUCUCUACGGAUCCAUGGAAAAUGAAAAUGAAAUUCCCCAAAAUAUAAUUAAAGGAAAUCCCAUCAACAUGCAAAAUCUUGACUCAAUUUUAGAAAUCGAUGGCAAAUUACGCGACUGUUACGAGAAUGACCUAUUGAAAAAAAUGUUGGAAAACAACCCUGACAAAAGGAUGACAUCAACACAAGUGGUCGACCAAUUAAAAUCGAUCAAAGAUAAGAUUGCUGGAAAAGAAAAAGAAUUGCUUGAAUUGUGUGGGCGUGACAAUCGAUUGGAUCUAACGGAAAAAAUUAAAAAAUUGAUUCAGUUUGGAAUUAAUCUGAACGCAAAGGACAACGGUGGAAGGAAUGCGCUCCAUCUUAUGUGUCGAAACUAUUCCAGCCCAAAAUUAACCGACGCUAUUCAACUUCUCAUCGAAAACAAAACCGACGUGAAUGCAAAGGACAACGAUGGAUUGAAUGCAAUUCACUUUUUGUGUCGAUAUCAUUCAAGCCAAAACUUAAUUAAAGCAAUUCAAAUCUUGAUUCAAUUCGGAAUCGACGCGAUAGCAACGACCAACGAUGGAUCAAAUGCGCUCCAUUAUUUGUAUCGAUAUAAUUCAAAUCCUAAUUUACUCGACGCAAUUAAAAUUUUUACCAAUCUCGGAUUGGAUCUGAUGACAGAGGACAACAACGGAUGGAGUGCGUUAUAUUAUUUGCAUAACAAAGAUAAGAAGGAAAUGAAAGUUUUGAUCGACCGCGAUGCUCAACUUGGGCAAGGUGCCUUUGCUACGGUAUUUAAAGGAAAGUUUGGAGGUCGUGAAGUCGCAGUAAAAAGAGUUGAAUUACGCCAUGUCGACGAAAGAGAAGAAGAAGCAAUGCUCAAGUUAGAACAUCCAAAUAUCGUCAAACUUCUUCACUUUGAAAAGGACAACGACUUUAUGUACUACGCAUUGGAAUUAUGUGUCGCUUCUUUAGAUCAACUGUUUUUGGAGUCGGAUAAUCCUAAAAAAUACGAAGGACCCAUACCACGUCAAAUCAAAGUUUUUUCCCAAUUAGCUAAAGGACUGGAACACAUCCAUUCGAAGAAAUUAAUUCAUCGAGACAUUAAACCGUGUAACAUCCUCAUCAUGAAAAGUCCUGGCAAAAAUGAAAAGAUAAUAAUCAAAUGGUCUGAUUUUGGAAUGGCCAAAUCCGUCAAUGAAAAGGGAUUACACUCGUGGUCUGGAGUGAAAGGAACCAGAACUUGGUACGCACCCGAAGUGCUGGAAAAGCUCAUCAUAGAAGAAAAGGCGAAAAACGAAGAGUUUUGGGGCACCGUCCAGAGUGAUGUGUUUGUCCUGGGACUCGUUUUCGGUUAUCUUUUCUUGAAGGGAGAACAUCUUUACGGUUCCAGCGAAAAAGAAAUUCACAAAAACAUAAUUGAAAAAAAUCCGGUGAAUAUGAAAAAAAUUAAUGGUGAAUUGCGCAAAUAUUAUGAGGAUGACUUACUAAGGAAAAUGUUGGAACACGACCCGAAAAAAAGAAUAACUUCGAAAGAAGUCGUCAAACAACUGGAAUCCAUCAACAAUAAGCUCACUGAAAAAGAAGAAGAAUUGCGUAAACUAUGUGCCUAUGACAAAUCGUCUGAUCUAAUAGAAAAAAUCAACGACUUAAUCCAACUGGGAAUUGAUGUUAAUGCAAAGGACAACUUAGGACGGAAUGCGUUCCAUCGUUUGUGUGAGAACAAUUUAAACUCGAAUUUAAACGACGCUAUUCAACUCUUAAUCCACGAGGGAAUUGAUGUCUAUGCAAAGGACAACGAUGGACGGAAUGCGCGCCAUUUUUUGUGUCGAUUCAAUUCAAACUCGAAUUUAAUCGGCGCAAUUAAACGCUUCAUCGAACUGAGAAUUAAUAUCAAUGCAAAGGACAAAUAUGGACAGAAUGCACUCCAUUAUUUGUGUCUAUACAAAUCAAAUUCGAAUUUACUCGACGCAAUUCCACUCUUAAUCCAAAUGGGAAUUGAUGUCAAUGAAAAGGACAAAUAUGGACGGAAUGCGCUCCAUUAUUUGUGUAAAUUCUAUUCAAAAUCGAAUUUAACCGACGCAAUUCAACUCUUAACCCAACUGGGAAUUGAUGUCAAUGCAAAGGACGAAGAUGGACGGAAUGCGCUCCAAUAUUUGUGUCAAUACAAUUCAUACUCGAAUGUAAUUGACGCAAUUCCACUCUUAAUCCGCGAGGGAAUUGAUAUCAAUGCAAAGUACGGGAAUGGACAGAAUGCGCUCCAUUAUUUGUGUCUAUACAAAUCAAAUUCGAAUUUACUCGACGCAAUUCCACUCUUAAUCCAACUGGGAAUUAAUGUCAAUGCAAAGGACGAAGAUGGACAGAAUGCGCUCCAUUAUUUGUGUCGAUUAAAUUCAAACUCGAAUUUAAUCGACGCAAUGCGACUCUUAAUCCAACUGGGAAUUGAUGUCAAUGCAAAGGAUGAAAAAUAUGGAUGGAAUGCGCUCCAUUUUUUGUGUCGAUAUAAUUCAAACUCGAAUUUAACCGACGCAAUUCGACUCUUCAUCCAACUGGGAAUUGAUGUCAAUUCAAAGGACAACGAUGGAGAGAAUGCGCUCCAUUUUUUGUGUCGAUUCAAUUCAAACUCGAAUUUAACCGACGCAAUUCGACUCUUAAUCCAACUGGGAAUUGAUGUCAAUGCAAAGAGCAACUUUGGAAGGAAUGCGCUCCAUUAUUUGUGUGAGAAAAAUUCAAACUCGAAUUUAAUUGACGCCAUUCAACUCUUAAUCCAACUGGGAAUUGAUGUCAAUGCAAAGGACAACGAUGGACGGAAUGUGCUCCAUUUGUUGUGUUGUAACAAUUCAAACUCGAAUUUAAUUGACGCCAUUCAACUCUUAAUCCAACUGGGAAUUGAUGUCAAUGCAAAGGACAACGAUGGACGGAAUGUGCUCCAUUUGUUGUGUUGUAACAAUUCAAACUCGAAUUUAAUUGACGCCAUUCAACUCUUAAUCCAACUGGGAAUUGAUGUCAAUGCAAAGAGCAACUUUGGAAGGAAUGCGCUCCAUUAUUUGUGUUUGAAGAAUUCAAACUCGAAUUUAAUUGACGCCAUUCAACUCUUAAUCCAACUGGGAAUUGAUGUCAAUGCAAAGGACAACGAUGGAAAGAAUGCGCUCCAUUGUUUGUGUUGGGAGAAUUCAAACUCGAAUACAAUCGACGCAAUUCGACUCCUCAUCCAACUGAGAAUUCCUGUUGUAUCCGGUGGCCACGAUGCGCGCUUUAUUUUACGCUUUUUCAAUAAAACAGAACACAAUGACGAAAUCCUAAAACUACUGGACGAAGCAGCUCUCGUUUGAACCCUGACUCGUUGCUGGGCGAUGCAAUCCGCUUAGCCGACAGUGAAAUUAAAAUAAGGCGAUUGUCUCAUACUCGAAAUCUUUAACCCCUAAAAUUGUCAAAUUUCUCGCUUUCUUGGCUGUAACACACCGACUGAUUGACUGUUCCUUUCAAAAAUACAAAAAUGUGACUGA